AUUAAUCCAAUAAUUUGUGACAAUGACCAAGUGGAGUAAACACGCUACUCAAAAGAAACCCGAACAGAUUUUGUUCUCUAAGAACAUUUAUCAGCCGCCUAGAGUCAAAGUAGCGCACUGGGAGUUUGCCCUGAAUGCUGAGAAGAAGGAUAACUAUGUGUAUCGGGAUCAACUGAGCAAUCAUUUGAGUACUUACAAACGAUUGGGUACACAGGACAUUGGUACAGGGAUGACGGAAACAAGACACAUGCUCGCCCAAGUUUUUACUAGGAAAGAUCCCGUGUAUCCGUUUAAACCGCUGGUUAAUUUCACGUCUUACCCUUGCACGGAUACUCCAAGUAGGAACAGACUGAUGAAGAAAGCUAACCUGGCCCAGCUCCCGCCAGAUUUCGGCAUGAUGGACUACAUGACGACACAUCAGGACGAUUACAGAAACCCCUUCCCGUCCGUACUCAAACCGCUGACAAUGCCCACACCGCCAUGGCUGCUGAACCGCGUCAUUCGUUCGGACCUUACGCACAACCACGGCACCGCGCCGCCGCGCGGGGACUACCAGUGUCUCGACACCCACACCCCCAUCGGCCACAUCCGCCAGCUAAGGCUGUUCCGAUACCAGUCAUUUGAUCCCGCCACUUGCCUCCAGGACUUCCCAACUCUUAAAACUACAUUGGAUAAUAAUGACAACACAAAUGUUUAAUU